UGCUUUUAAAUGUCAAUGUCAAGUAAUGCGGUAUUUGAUGAGUGAGAAUUAUUUAGAAUUCCUAUAUUUUUAAAUUCGAAACCGAAAAUGUUUAUUACACCGUUAUUUUUUACGAUACUAGUCACUCUCAUAAGUGGUAUUUUAUCCAAAAGUGUGGAACUUACAUUUGAAUUACCCGAUAAUUCCGUAGAAUGUUUUUAUCAAGAAAUUGAACAAAGUACUUCUGCUUCGUUGGAAUAUCAGGUUAUAACUGGAGGCCAGUAUGAUGUGGAUGUAAAAGUUGAAGGCCCAAACCAACAAAUAAUUUAUCACAAAAAAAAAAUGCAAUAUGAUUCCCAUCCAUUCACAGCACAAUAUACAGGGGUGUACAAAGUUUGCUUCAGCAAUGAAUUCAGUACAUUUUCACACAAACUUAUAUAUAUGGAGUUAAAUGUGGGGCCUGAACAGCCCCUUCCAGGUAUUGGGGAACAUGCAACUGUUCUAACACAGCUCGAGACUUCAGCAGAUGAAAUACAUUCAGCCCUAAAUAGGAUCAUUGAUCAUCAAACUCAUCAUAGAUUGAGAGAGGCUCAAGGGCGCAAAGCAGCUGAAUACCUAAAUGAGAGAGUUUUCUGGUGGUCAACAUUUGAAACUAUAGCAAUUAUUUGUGUUGCAUUCUUACAGGUUUUGGUCUUAAAGAACUUCUUUAGUGACAGGCCAAGUUUAUAUAAUAAAAUGUAAUAAUAAAUGUUAAAUAGUAUACUUAUUAAUAUAUUCCAUGGGCUAAUUA